AAUAAUUGCAGAAUUUCUCUAAUAACUCGUAUACGUGUUCGAAUAAUAAAACCCAAAAGAUUGCUGUUAAAGUCUUAAAGUCACCACAAAAUCCCACAUAUCAAACAACUCAGGAAUUUAAUAACUAUUCAACGGAUCAGCAAAAUGACUAUUAUCAACAGUAUCAACAACAGGACCAUUUAUAUCAACAGCAAAAAGCUUUAAUGCCUCCUUUGGAUCAUGCUACUCAUAUUUUAGCUCAUCAGCAUCAUUGUAAACAUCAUCAUAAACAUCAUAAUAAUCAGCAUCAUAAUCAUCACCAUCAUCAACAUCACCAUCAACAGCAGCAGCCGCAUCAUAAAACUAGCCAACAGUCACCGCAACAAUUUCAGCAACAUUUACAACAGCAACAACAGGAUUUAGUAAAAUCCCUACAGAAUGAAUUACAAUUUCAAUAUUUUGAGAAAAAACCACCUACACCACAGAAAACCUCUUGCCACUCUACCCCACAAACGCCUAAACAUGGCGGUGGACGAAAAUCGUCAGAAUCGAAAACACCCACCUCUACUUUAACGAAACCUAAAAAAUGGCGAAGACCUUUUAGUUCGUAUCAUUCCUGUGAUGAUUUAGAUGCCUCGAAUAAUGCCACCAAUUUAAAUAAAUCUCAACAGCAACAACACUCAAAUGAGAAAAUGGUGGUGGCCAGUUUGAAAUAUUUAUGUGCCUGCACUGGAGCCACUUUGAGGAAUUUAUCAAAGAAAACCAAAGAUUUACAUAAGAAUAAUUGUUAUACUUAUAAUAAGGUUUCUUUAUAUUAAAGCAAAACUGUUGCCUCACUUCCCUUUUAGUUCCAAACAUUUUUUCCACAUUUUCGUUUAUACAUGCAGGCGCCCUUAGAAUUAUUAAAUUGUUUUUUUUUCAAAAGUAUUUAAAGAAUACAUUUUAUUCAGCAUUGUAUCUCUAAGUAUGUAAUUGUAUUUAUGUCUAUUAUUUUCUAAUUAUUUUUUUCUUUUGCUUAAAAUCAAAGUACAUACAUUUUUUAAAUUGUUGUUAGUGUUGGCA